GAGCCUCCCCUCUGAUGAUCAGAUCUUGGUACAGUCCAAAGAAAUUUCAGGUUAAGAAGCCAGGGACUCUUUGUUUGCAGUAUUGAUUUUGGAGAUUUUGUUUGCCUGACAGCUCAGGAGCAGAGACUAUAUAAGCCAGGCUGGACAGAGGACUAUGUUUUCAUCAGUGAAAUCUUUCAAAGAUCAGAAGUAUCAUGAACUCAAGCAGCAGUGCAUCAAACAAAGACGACUCUUUGAAGAUCCUGAGUUUCCGGCAUCGGACGAAUCCCUUUUCUACAACAGGUGCCCCCCUGGAAGAGUGGAAUGGAAGCGGCCAAAGGAGCUCUGUGAAGACCCACACCUGUUUGUGAAUGGAAUCAGCGCCCAUGACUUGCACCAAGGGAAGCUCGGGAACUGCUGGUUUGUGGCAGCUUGCUCCUGCUUGGCUCUUCGGGAGAAUCUCUGGCAAAAGGUGAUUCCAAGCUUUAAGGAACAAGAAUGGGAUUCAAAGAGACCCCAGAAAUAUGCUGGGAUUUUUCACUUCCAGUUCUGGUAUUUUGGACAGUGGACCGACGUGGUCAUAGAUGACAGAUUGCCAACAAUUAAUGGGGAGCUGAUCUACUGCCAUUCCAAUGUGGAGAAUGAAUUCUGGAGCGCACUACUGGAGAAAGCUUAUGCAAAGCUGGCUGAGUCUUAUGAAGCCCUGGAUGGAGGCACUGCUGCAGAUGCAAUUGUCGAUUUCACUGGAGCAGUGGCAGAAUCCAUUGACCUGGUAAAGGGCAAAUAUUGUGAAAAUAUUUCUGAGCAAAUGAAGCUGUUUGAAGACUUGCUGAAAGUACAUAAAAGAGGCGGGUUAAUCAGCUGUUCCAUCACGACUUCAUCCCCCAAUGACACUGAGGUGGAGACGGAGAUGGGUCUGAUCAUAGGCCAUGCCUACUCGGUGACGGCAGUUCAGAAGGUGCGCCUCGGAGAGAGGCUCCUGUUCUCUUUUAAGUCAGAAAAGCUCUUCAUGAUCAGAAUGAGGAAUCCGUGGGGAAAGAAGGAGUGGAACGGUGCAUGGAGUGACCAGUCUGAAGAAUGGAAGAAAGUGAGCGACUCAGAGCGUAAGAGCUUGGGACUCACAGUUCAAAAUGAUGGCGAGUUCUGGAUGACAUUUGAUGACUGGUGUCAGAACUUCACCGAUGUUGAUGUCUGUCGUAUUGUGAACACUUCGUACUUCAGCAUCCACAAAACCUGGGAGAAGAAAAUGGUGCACGGGGCCUGGACCAAGCAUUCGGAACCACUGAAAAACCGCUCCGGAGGGUGUUUCGAUUACAGAGCCACCUUCUUACAGAAUCCCCAGUAUGUCUUCGAUGUCAAGAAGGCUGAGGACAAAGUGCUGAUUUCACUACAGCAACAGGAUCAGCGCAUUUACAAGAAAGAUGGGAAAGGGGACAACUUCCCUAUUGGCUUUGAAAUCUUCAAGGUGGAGCUUAACAGAGACUAUCGGAUGCACAAGCUGCAAGUACAAGAAAGAGUGGCAACCUCCAUUUACGUCAAUACACGCACCGUGUUCCUGAGGAAGCUCCUUGCACGGGGUCGCUAUGUUCUUAUCCCAACAACACACUAUCCUGGCAUCGUCACAGCAUUUAUCCUGAGGCUCUUUACAGAUGUGCCAUCAGAACUCAGGGAGCUGAAGCUAGAUAAGCCUAAACGGACAUGCUGGAGCAUUCUGUGUGGUUACCCUCGCAUAGUCACGGAAAUUAAAAUUCACUCCGCCGAAGGUCUACAGAGGCAAGAUCGAUCGGGUGGAGCAGAUCCCUACCUGAUUAUCAAGUGUGAGAAUCAAAAAGUUUGCUCUGCUGUCCAGCAAGACACCGUCAGUGCCAUUUUUGACACACAAGCUCUUUUCUACAGAAAGAAGAUCGAGCGUCCCAUUAUUGUCCAGGUCUGGAAUAGCAACGUCUUGUGUGACCAGUUCCUUGGACAAGUGCUGCUGGCUGCACUCCCUGGUGACCCCAGAGAACCGCAGACUCUCCAGCUCCGGGGAAAAGGCAGCCGAGAAGCAGAUGAAAUGCCAGGUCACAUCACCGUCAAGGUUGUUUCCAGUGACGACCUCAUGGAGCUAUGAAUACCAGAGCCCCGCAGACCCAGACAAAGCUGUCGCCUCGCAGCAAGAACUCUUGUCUGUGCUUUCAGUGUGAACGACUCGGGAGCAAAGGUUUCCAGAAAGCCCUCUCUUGCGCAAUCUGACCAUGUGGGGGCGGGGGGUGUGCGGGGCAGGGGGGAGGUGGUUUUUUUUUUUAAAGGAAAAAAAUAUAUAAUGCAGCAACUAUGGCAGGAGACAGGCCGAUCUAAAAUUCAGUGACAACACUCGCUACCAAACCGCCACCUCCCCAUCCGCUCCAGCUGGGGGUGACAUUGCAGUAGGUUGAGGCGCACAAUCCUACAGCGCAGCCCACUAUUCCUGGAGGUUUCUAGCGCGCUGUUUUUGUUGUUGUCUAUUUCAGGGCGACAGGCUGGAAAGGCACUAAUGUCCGUGGUGCACAGGUGAGGGGAUGGAGUGCAGGAGCUGGCCCCAUGGCUAAAUCCCUGCCCAGCCUUUGAAAUGUUUACCAGCAACCUGUCACUGGUGAGGGAUUUGUCUGGGCUGCGGUUGGUUGAAAUGAGUUACUUUUCAUUUAAUCCUACAAUAAUUUGUAUUAACAGCACUAUUACUACUGCUAAUCAGACAUUACUAUGCCUCAACUGAAACGUCAUUGGUAGAACCGUCGGAGCAGUCAUUCAAAAUGCACAGAAGUGGAAACCUGGUGGAAGAAGAAUCCCAGUGUUAAAAUGAUAGACCCAAAUCCUGCAGUCCUUACUCAGGCAUUGUAGCCAGUGGGAGUUUUGCCUGCAUAAGGCUGCUGGAUUAGACCCCAUAUUCCUUUUUCCUGAGCCAGCUGAGCUCACAAGGUCAGGUUUCUGACCACAGGAAGACACGUGGAAAUUCAGCAGUGGCUUGGAUCUAGUACAAACUCUUAGUAAUAAGAUCCCAUUUGCACAGCAGAAGUGCUCUAAUAAAUGAGAUGCUUUAAGAGAGGAAUAUCAUUGUUAUUAAACAUGCAAUUCACGUCCCCCUCCCCACCCCAAAUGAGGAUGUGCAUAAUGACAAAUUGAAUUGAGGAGGAUACAAUCCUCCCAGCUGCUGCGAGGGAUAUGAAUGAAAGGCAAAGCCAUUGGGGGUUGGUUACUUGAUUGCGUUCCUGAGUUUUGAAUACACUGAGCGCUAAUAAAUACUUGUGUCAACCAAAUAUAAUGCAGGGCAGGCACUGACUAAGUGUUCCCACAGAGCAGGCCAAGGCACAUGCUUCCUUUCAACCUGCGCCUACAGCACAACGGUGGGGUUCCCCAGAGCAGAAUCCAUUCGUAUUGUCAAACUGUAGCAAUUCCAGGUGUAGAAUAAUUUCACAAUGAAAUCCCCACCCUCAACCUUUGACUUCUUUUAUUGCUGUUGCAAAUUCUGAGCUUGAGCAUAAAGCUCUAAGUUUCCUCUUUCAACCCUUCAUUCAGACUGAGGUUGCAUUUUUGGAAAAUUUGAGUUUUGCACUCAGCUGGAGGCUAACCCAGGCAUUCUUGUGGAAUUUAAGAGCUUGCAAAAUGGUCCAGAACAGAAUUACAUGACUUUUUUUUGGCAAAAUAUUCUGAACAUUUGUUCAUGAGUUUCAGACCCACCUCUGCUGUGUGACAAUGAUUUUGCUGGUAUCCUGAGGUAGGAAUGGAAACACACAAAUGAUACUGAGCAAGUUGGGAACUAUCUCUUUGGUUUUGUGUGUCAAAUACUUGCAUCCAGCAUAGGCCAUAAAUGUUGUGCCUAAGCUGUGUUGCACGAUGAUAGCAUGCGUCAGCUCAGAACUGCAUGCCUGGAUAUUUCUGUUGUCUGUAAAUUGAUGUUUUUAACUUUGUUUUGAUUGCACAUCUAAAGUUAAGCUUUCCCAUAUAGCUUAGGCCCUGGUGAGCAUCAGUGCCAGGGAGCCAAUGUGCAGACACUACACACUAUCCUGACUCUGCAUUAGGAACUGCUUGACUAUGUUGGGCCUGAUUCUUCUCACCCGCUAUCUUAUACCAUUGUAACUCUACUGGCUUCAGUGGAGUUUACUCUCGAUCUACACUAGUGUAAGCAACAGGAGAAUCAGGCCAUCCUGUAUACUAUAAUUAGGUAAGAGAGCAGAGGAUCAACCAUGCUGUCCUAUCAGAGUAGUCUCACCAAGUCAGUGGAGUACAGCCAGUGUGAGAUGAAAGUCUCAUUUUUUCCAGUUUGACUUGUAGAAGAUAACUGUGCCCUCCCAGGAUUCAAUGUACUGGAUCUGUUACAGCAUUCAGUGCUACCAGCUUCCAGGUGCUGCAGCUUAAACCCUGUCUUUCCCGUUUAGUUGCAUCUCAGUGCGCACGCUUUCUUGCUGUGAAUAUAGCCUCACUACUAACACUGUCCUGUCUCUCCUACUGGGCAAUAGCCGUUCGAUACCCAUGUAUGUGUCUUGUGGCUAAAUCCCAUUCAAAGCAUUGACAAAUAUGCCAGGUAGUCUUCACUCCUUCUUAAAUACUGUGAUCUCAAGCUCCCAGCCCCUUGUAGAAAAUGGGCCAGAUCCUCAGCCAGCAUAGCACCAUUGGCUUCAGUGUAGACGCAUCGAUUGACAUCAGCUGAAGGCCUGGCCGAAUACAGCCCCCUGCAUUUUCUAAGACAAAAUUGAACCUAGCAUGACAUUAUUGUGCUCUCUAGUAUAGUUUACUGUGCUAGAAAGUAUUGUGUGUAGCUUCACAGUUCCUUCCUCCUCACCCGAUUUCCCCUGUGAUUUCCUCCUAAGGCACUGGAGGUUUCUCUCGGACCACAGAUGGAGAACGGCUUAUUCCAUGAAGCAUGAGAACUGAAUGUCCUUGUGACUUUACCUUCCUGGUGCAGCAUCACUUGCUGUUCUUAUUUAUGGGAAAGUGUUUGAAACUAAAGCUGGUUGCUCAGUAAUAUGCUGUGGUAGCAAGUUUCCCAAGCUAACUACAUAUUAUGUUAAGAUGUAUUCCUUUUGUCUGGUUUAAAUUUGCUCAUCACCCUAUUGUUCUUCUGUUUAUAAAUACUAGUGCUUCCCACCUGGUAGUCUCAGGAUUAUUACAGCUGCGUUCUUCUAACACAUUUGCUCUUACUUUCCUCCUAACUCUAGGGGAAAAUGGUGGUACGAAGCCUUUCCAACAGAGCUGUUCCCUCCAAUACUGACAUGUUUCAGAGUAGCAGCCAUGUUAGUCUGUAUUCGCAAAAAGAAAAGGAGUACUUGUGGCACCUUAGAGACUAACCAAUUUAUUUGAGCAUAAGCUUUCGUGAGCUACAGCUCACUUCAUCGGAUGCGUAAAGUGCAUUGCUGGCACAUGAUGGCAUAUAUCACAUUGGUAGAUGUGCAAAGCCCGUUGCCAACUGUGCCCACAUCUAUUCAGGGGACACCAUUAUAGGGCCUAAUCACAUCAGCCACACUAUCAGAGGCUCGUUCACCUGCACAUCUACCAAUGUGAUAUAUGCCAUCAUGUGCCAGCAAUGCCCCUCUGCCAUGUACAUUGGGCAAACUGGACAGUCUCUACGUAAAAGAAUAAAUGGACACAAGUCAGAUGUCAAGAAUUACAACAUUCAAAAACCAGCUGGAGAACACUUCAAUCUCUCUGGUCACUCGAUUACAGACCUAAAAGUGGCAAUUCUUCAACAAAAAAACUUCAAAAACAGACUCCAACAAUUGGAAUUGUUGAAUUGGAAUUAAUUUGCAAAUUGGAUACAAUUAACUUAGGCUUGAAUAGAGACUGGGAGUGGUUGAGUCAUUAUACUAAGUAAAACUAUUUCCCCUUGUUUAUUCCUCCCCCCUCCUCCCUCCCACUGUUCCUCAGAUGUUCUUGUUAACUCCUGGAAAUGGCCCACCUUGAUUAUCACUUCAAAAGCUUUUCUCUCACCCCACUCUCCUGCUGGUAAUAGCUCAUCUAAAGUGAUCACUCUCCUUACAAUGUGUAUUUUUUCAUGGUCUGUGUGUAUAUAAAUCUCCUCACUGUAUUUUCCACUUUAUGCAUCCGAUGAAGUGAGCUGUAGCUCACGAAAGCUUAUGCUCAAAUAAAUUGGUUAGUCUCUAAGGUGCCACAAGUACUCCUUUUCUUUUUCCCUCCAAUACUGACAUUCUGGCCAGUGACUUGCACCUGACCAAAUCAAAGCUAGAAUUUCAGAGGCAGCUUCCUUUAUAAAGGCCUGAACCCAAUCCCACUGAAGUCAAUGGAAAGAGACCCACUGACUUCAGUGGGCUUUGAAGCAGGUCCUACACCAGUAUGGGCCUAAUUUUUCAGAGGUGCUGAGCAACUCCAAUGGGAGCUGUGGAUGCCCAGAACCCCAAAUUAGAGGCCACUUCUGAAAAGGUGGGCGUUUAAAUGAGAUCAAUUGUACAUAUCACCAUUGUGUUGAGUCCUCAGAUGGGAUUACCCUUGCUGGAAGAAAUGUUCAACUCUUGCACUGCUGUUUUUCAUGCUCAAAGAACAUUUUGCAGAAAUGGCACUUCUAAGUCUUGGAAAAUACAGUCACAUGAUGUAAAAUAAACAUUUUUAUCUUUAUUGGUC